AUGAUGAGGCACCUCACCCAUCUCCUCCUCCUCCUCCUAACAACAACCCUCCUCCCAGCCGCCGCCUCCAUCUGGCCCCAGCCCCAACACAUCCAAACCGGCUCCUCGCCCCUCAAGCUAGCCCAAGACUUCACCAUCUCCCUCCUCGUGCCCACCGUCCCAGCUCCGGCAGACCUACACGCCGCGAUAUCCCGCACACACCAGUACCUCCAAAGCGACAAUCUACGCCGACUCGUGCCCGAUCGCGGAGCAUCAGACAGUGCACUCAUCGUCGACGCGCCCUCGCUAAAAUCUCUCGUGCUUGAGCUUUCAAGUGUCAGUGGGGAGGACGGGCCGGUGCUAAGUAUUGCCGAGGAAGCGAGAAAGAAGCUGGAAGAUCGCGACGAGGCGUAUACGCUCGUCGUGCCCGCCGACGGCACUGAAGCAAGGGCGCGCGCGGGGUCGGCGCUGGGGCUGUUGAGGGCGCUGAGUACGUUCGAGCAGAUGUGGUGGGCGGCGGCGGGUGGGGAGAGGUAUACGGUCGAGGCGCCGUAUGAUGUUGUUGAUGAGCCUGCUUAUCCGUAUCGCGGGUUUAUGCUGGACACGUCGCGCAACUUCUUCCCCGUUGAAGACAUCAAGCGCCAGAUGGACGCCAUGUACAUGACCAAACUUAACAUGUUCCACUGGCACGUCGUCGACUCCCAAUCCUUCCCGCUCCAGAUCCCCGGCUUCGAGCAGCUCGCCGAGAAGGGCGCGUACGACGCCGAGUCGGUCUACACGCCCGAGGACGUGCGGUCUAUCGUCGACUACGCCGGCGAGCGCGGCAUCGACGUGCUAGUCGAAAUCGACGUCCCAGGCCACACAGCCGUCAUCGCACACGCGCACCCGGAGCACAUCGCCUGCUUCAACGCUCAGCCCUGGGAGCCCUACGCAGCCGAGCCGCCCUCGGGCCAGCUGCGCCUCGCAUCGCCCCACACACUCUCAUUCACCUCUGACUUAUUGAAAGCCGUAGCAAAGAUGUUUCCGGGCGCGUAUUUUAGCACGGGCGGCGACGAGGUGAAUAUGCGGUGUUAUGCCGAGGACGAGGAGACGAAGAGGGGGUUGGAGGAGGGGAGGGAGGGGGUGAUGGGGGCGCUGGGGAGGUUUACGGAGGGCGUGCAUGGGGCGCUGGGCGAGGUGGGCAAGACGGCUGUUGUCUGGCAAGAAAUGGUCCUAAACUACGCCGCCCCCCUCGCCCCCUCGACCCUCAUAAUGGUCUGGAUAUCCUCAUCCCACGCCUCUCGCAUCGCCUCGCGCAACCACCGCAUAAUCCACGCGCCCUCGGACUACUUCUACCUCGACUGCGGCUCCGGCUCCUGGCUCUCGAACGACCCCUCGGGCCGAUCGUGGUGCGACCCGUACAAGACCUGGCAAAAAGCCUACACCUUCGACCCGCUCGCCUCCAUCCCACAGAAUAAACGCCACCUCGUUAUGGGCGGGCAGAGUCUGCUGUGGAGUGAGCAGGCGGACGGAAAGAGUGUGGAUGCGGUGGUGUGGCCGAGGGCGGCGGCUGCUGCGGAGGUGUUCUGGACGGGAAGUGGGAGGGGAGGGGUGAGGGGCGCGAUGGGGAGGGUAAAUGAGGUUGUGUUUAGGUUGAGAGGGCGCGGGGUGGGGGCGAGUGCGGUGCAGCCGUUUUGGUGCGUUGUGAAUGCGGGGGAGUGUGAGCGGAAUUGGGAGGCGGCGAGGAUGUAUGCGGUGUAUAGUAAGGUGAGAGGGUGGGGGGAGGAGGCGUGGAGGGUGGUGAUGGGGGUUAGGCAGCAGCUGGGCUUCUCCCGCUGCCGAGGAUGGCUUCUGGUCGAGGAUGUACUAGCCCCUGUGCCUGUGAAUCUACUUAUACAGAUGUUACUGGAUCCAAUCCCCGUCCACUGGAGCCGUGGCAUAUACGCGUCCGGCACAGUCCCCGCAACUCGCCCUAACAACACUGACCUGCGCCUUCGCCGGAGGGAUGCCGAUCAUGCGAGCAGUAGCCCGUACUCUCCUUCAGCGGCCCACUCUCUUUUGCCGGUCAUGGCCAACUUCGCUGCUCUCCUCGCUGUCGUGACGAUCGCGGUCGCACCCGCGUGGGCUAUCUGGCCUCUCCCGCAGAGCUUCACGACGGGCACCAGCGCGCUCACCCUCUCCCCCUCCUUCGCCAUCGACACCUCGGCCAUCUCCGACGCGCCCGCCGACCUAACAGCCGCAGCGAACCGCACGCUCUCCUACCUCCAAACCGACAAGCUCGGCCGCCUCAUCGUCGGCCGCGGCUCGACCGACGCCGCGGCCGUCGCGGGCGCGCAGAGCAUCAGCGCGCUCAAGCUCGAGCUCGGCGCCGGCGCGAACGUGUCGGCUAUCGCGGACGAGGCGCAGAAGCCGCUGGAGGAGCGCGACGAGGCGUAUACGCUUUCUAUACCUGCUGAUGGCUCGGACGCUGUUAUUACGGCCAACUCGACACUCGGGCUGUUCCGCGGGUUGACGAGCUUCGAGCAGCUGUUCUAUUACUAUAAUGGGACGACGUAUACUGUGGAGGCGCCUAUUGAUAUCGAGGAUAAGCCGGCAUACCCCUACCGCGGUCUCAUGCUUGACACUUCCCGCAACUACUUCCCCGUGUCUGACAUCAAGCGCACGAUCGACGCCAUGUCCUGGGUCAAGAAAAACGUCUUCCACUGGCACAUCGUCGACUCCCAGAGCUUCCCUUUGCAGAUCCCCGGCUACGAAGACAUCACCGCCAAAGGCGCAUACGACGCGGAGUCGAUCUACACGCCCGAGGACGUCGCGGACGUCAUCGGCUACGCCGGCGCGCGCGGCAUCGACGUCAUGCUCGAGAUCGACACGCCCGGGCACACCGCGAUCAUCGCGGAGGCGUUCCCGGAGCACGUCGCGUGCCCCGGCGCGACGCCCUGGGCGACGUACGCGAACGAGCCGCCCGCGGGCCAGCUGCGCUUUAUGUCGCCCGAGACGGCGAACUUCACCGCGGGCCUGCUCACGGCUGCGGCCGGCAUGACGAAGUCGGCGUACUUCAGCACCGGCGGCGACGAGCUCAACACGGCGUGCUACGAGGCGGACGACGCGUCCAUGUCGAUCCUCAACUCGACGGGCCAGACGCUGUACGACGCGCUGAGCAACUUCACCGCGACGACGCACUCCGCGCUUAUUGAUACGGGGAAGACGCCGGUCGUGUGGGAGGAGAUGGUGUUGCAGUAUAAUGUGACGACGCUCAGCAACGAUACGCUCGUGCUCGUGUGGAUCUCGUCGGAUAAUGUCGUCAGUGUGGCGCAGAAGGGGUAUAAGCUUAUCCAUGCGGCGUCGGAUUACUUCUACCUCGACUGUGGACAGGGUGGAUGGGUCGGCACGAACCCGCAGGGGAACUCCUGGUGCGACCCGUUCAAGACGUGGCAGAAGUCCUACGUCUUCGACCCCGUUGCGAACCUCACAGACGCGCAAAAGGAUCUCGUCCUCGGCGGCCAGCACCUCCUCUGGGUCGAGCAAUCCGGCCCAGAGAACUUGGACCCGACGACCUGGCCGCGCGCCGCGUCGUCCGCCGAGCUCUUCUGGAGCGGUGCGGGCGGGAACGUUACCACUGCGCUCCCGCGUUUGCACGAUUUGUCGUACCGCAUGCGCAAGCGCGGUGUGCAGAGCAUCAGUCUCCAGCCGGAGUGGUGCGCUCUGCGCGGGACGGCGUGUGAUUUGACUGCUUGA